CCUCAUUCUACCAGUGAGAAGCUUCCUGCGUAACCCAGAGCAGCGGGUUUUGUCAGAGGCUGUGCUUGUGUUACUGCAGGAUGUGGUGUGAGUACGAGAGGUGGUGCCGCUCACAGCUCGCGCGGUGACGAUUGGGACAGCGAGACGUGGCGCGCACUCAGAGACGGACGGCAGCUGGAAGACUCGAGCGAGUUGAAGUUCGUUGGGAAGGGCGGAAAAUUACGGGCCGACGGCCGCUCCAUACAAGGCAAGGUCGGGUGGGGAGCAGUUUAGGGAGCAGCGCUGAUCCAAUCAUCUGCGCUUCUGGGAAGAGCCGGAACCGAGCGACGCGACUUGUUUUGUUUUCUAUACAGAAUUGUAACGUUACGUGUUUGAGAUGUUUCUGUAGAAACUCUCUUGUUUCUUUAGUUGUUUACGUUAGUUUUUAGUUUUGUUGUUUGUUUUGGAUUUGUGUACUUUGGAGAUGAGUUCGUCAGUAAACGGAGUAGGACCCAAACCCGCACCGGCGGUCAGUCAGAAUGGACCAGAUUCUGCUCCGACCCCCAAAGAUGUCAAAACACCCGAGCCGGUGGUACCGGACGAGGAGCCGCAGUCUUCGGUGACGGACGCCACGCAGAUGGGAAUUAAGUUCGCCAAGACAUUCCUAGUGAUCUUUCCCAUCUACGUGCUGGGAUAUCUGGAGUUCAGCUUCAGCUGGGUCCUCAUCGGCUUGGCCGUGCUGUUCUGGCUCAAAAGGAACCAGGGCAGCAGAUUCGCUCGGGUCAACCAGGCACUGGCGUUUCUGGAGCAAGAGGAGCGAACGGUGCGUCAGACCGUCCGGAGCUCAGAGCUGCCGCCGUGGGUUCAUUUUCCAGAUGUUGAGAGAGUGGAGUGGCUCAACAAGACUGUGCAUCAGAUGUGGCCAUAUAUUUGUCAGUUUGUAGAAAAAAUCUUCAGAGAGACCAUUGAACCGGCAGUGCAGGGAGCCAAUGCGCACCUUAGUACUUUCACCUUCUCCAAGAUAGACAUGGGGGACAAGCCUCUCAGGGUGGAUGGAGUGAAAGUUUAUACAGAGAAUGUAGAUAAACGACAGAUUAUUAUGGACCUACAGAUCAGUUUUGUCGGAAACACUGAAAUUGAUGUGGACAUUAAGAAAUACUACUGCCGUGCAGGAAUCAAGAGCAUACAGCUUAACGGGGUAUUAAGGGUCAUCAUGGACCCUUUGCUUGGAGACAUGCCUCUGAUUGGUGCCCUGUCCGUGUUCUUCCUCAAGAAACCCUUUCUGGAUAUAAACUGGACGGGACUUACAAAUAUGCUGGACAUCCCUGGAAUAAAUGGUCUGUGUGACAGCAUUAUUCAAGAUAUCAUAUACAGUUACCUUGUGCUGCCAAACAAAAUCACUAUUCCACUUGUAAAUGAUGCACAGAUUUCCAGACUCCGCUUCCCUAUGCCGAAGGGCGUUCUGCGAAUUCACUUUCUGGAGGCACAGGACCUGGUAGGGAAGGACACGUUCCUGGGUGGUAUGAUAAAAGGAAAGUCGGACCCGUAUGGCGUCAUUCAGCUCGGUAAUCAGCUCUUCAGAUCCAAAGUCAUCAAAGAGUCGUUAAACCCUAAAUGGAACGAAGUAUAUGAGGCAUUUGUGUACGAUCAACCAGGACAGAAUGUGGAGAUAGAGCUGUAUGAUGAGGAUACAGAUAAGGAUGAUUUUCUGGGAAGUCUUACUAUCAACGUAGAUGAACUACAGAAGGAACAGAAAGUAGAUGAGUGGUUUGUACUUGAUGAUACUGCUAAAGGGAAGCUUCACCUGAAGAUUGAAUGGCUUUCUCUUCUCCCUACACCUGAUAAACUCGAUGAGGUUUUAAGCAGCAUUAAAGCAACUAAAGGGCAGGCCAAUGAUGGACUGUCAUCUGCAUUACUACUGGUGCUACUGGACUCUGCCAAAAAUCUGCCAAGUGUUUUUGAGGGGCACGUGGGCAGUGGGUGUCUGAGAGAGCGCCGCUCUGCCGGGCUGGUGUUCUGUGAGAACACUUCUGCCCUCUACAGGACAAUGUUUUCUGGUAAAAAGGUCACCAGUGUGCCCAGUCCAUUCGUCCAGUUUACUGUGGGACACAAAUCCUUUGAGAGCAAGACACGAUUUAAAACCAACGAGCCAGUUUGGGAGGAGGCCUUCACAUUCCUGAUCCACAAUCCAAAGUGUCAAGAACUUGAAGUCGAGGUAAAGGAUGACAAACACGAGUGUUCCCUAGGGACGGUUUCUCUUCCUCUGUCUAAGCUGCUGCAGGAGGAUCAGAUGACUAUCAAUCAGCGAUUUCCUCUCAAGAACUCAGGACCUGGUGCUACACUCAAGAUGAAGAUGGCACUUAGGAUUCUCUCUGUGGAAAAGUUGGCUGUGUCGGAUCAGCCGUCCUCAGUUCAGAUCCGUCGCCCCAGCUCCAGCGUGACCCCCAGCCCCUCCCCUCAGCGGCCCAGUGUUUCAGAGCCCACCCCGGCAUCCAAAGCCCAGCAGCCCACCCCUACACCCAGGACCCAACCAACCCCAACACCCUCUCCACGAGUGGAACCCCUAAUGGACAACAGGCCAUCGGAGGACUCGUCUAGCCGUCUGGCUAAAUCGGGGCGGAGCACGUCUAACCUAGCCAUUUCUGGCUCUCUGCUAAACCUGAACAACAAAGAGCCGACACCCAGCAUAGCAUCUGACAUCUCCAAUCCCAGCACCGCCCAGGAGCUCCAGAGGACAAUACAACAAUUACAGAAUGGCGCCUCACCUGGUUUCGCUCCAUUGGGGGAAAUUCAGUUAACCAUCAGGCAUAGUGCCCAAAGAAACAAACUAAUUGUCGUGGUGCACAGCUGCAGAAAUCUGAUCUCUUCUACUGAAAGCGGUUCUGAUCCAUACGUCCGUUUGUAUUUGCUGCCUGAUAAACGCCGCUCUGGACGCAGAAAAACGAACACGAUAAAGAAAACGGUGAACCCGAUCUACGAUCAAACGUUUGAAUUCAGCGUGUCACUUGUGGAGUUGCACAGAAGAACUCUAGAUGUGGCCGUGAAGAAUGGAGGAGGAAUCCUGUCAAAACACAGAGGGCUGCUGGGAAAGGUGUUAGUUGACUUGACUUCUGAGGAUAUAUCAAAGAGCUCAACGCAAUGGUAUGAGCUUUCAGUGGACGGACUGAAGCGAUCAUCCCCUUAAUCAAAGGAACCGACCUUUUUCCGCUGACACAUUAAAAAUACUACAAAUCCCUGCAAGACUCCAAACCUCAGCCAUAUUUAAGUCAUCUGUUUAAGCCUUUGGGCAAAAUUUGUACUUGUUGGUUCUUCAAUUUUAAUCACUUUUAACAGAUUGUAAAAGAAAAAACUCUAUUGAUGUCAUGUGCACUGACUUAGCAAGAAUGAAUGAGAGAGUGAAAGAGAAUGAGAGUGUUUAGAGAUUUUUAAAGGGAUACGGUUCAGCAGCAUCUGUUGGAUUGGUUAGUUGUUUACGCAUUAAGACUUUUAAACCAAGAGUGGCAAACUCUGACAACACCCACCAUUCACACAUUAAUGGUGGAGAGAUUAUAUAUGAUCAGACUGUAAAUAAAUAUACAUGGAAUAUUAAAAAAGGAAUUCUAGUAUUUGGAAAAGUUUAAUAAAUAUUAACCUAAGAGUUCUUGUUAAACAAGCACUGAACUCACGCUUGCUUUGAAAGUGUUAUAAUCUCUGUUAAUGUCUACAGAUGACAAAUCUACCAAAGAAGUACUUUGCUCAUUAUAAAGUGUGUGAGUGUGUGGUUAAACCAAAAAAUGCACCUAAAUGUUUUGCACACCCAAGUGUUCAUAUAUGUAUGUGUUUAUAUGUUCUCUGGUUCAGCGUUCACCAUCACAGCACUAGCUGUCAGUGCUUAAACAUGCAUGGGCAGCUAGAGUGUCACGUGAUCUUGCAUAUCUAACGCUGUCAUAUCUCUAAAUCUUGUUUGGCUUUUCUAUAGUUCUCAGUCACAUGUUCACUCCUUUUCCAAAAACACUUGUUCACCUCUCACCCACUUCACCCCAGCCGUGCUUCCUUCAUCAUCUGCAUCUCAGAGUUAUAUAAAAUGUCUGAUCUUAAGUGAAGGUUGUGGUUUCAUCUACUGCAGUGUCACUGAGCUGAGCUUAUGUUAUGCAGAUGGUCAAACCUCAAACUGUUUUGACUUUAUUUCUGUCAGCAAGAAUGUGUUUUUAUUAUAUAAAUUAUUGUGUAUAUUAUGAAAGAUUUUAUUGUGCUUAUUAUUAUGAUUAAUACUUAUCACAAAAAGCAAACGUAUGCAGUCAGAGCACUCUGUGCUGAGCUUGCCUUAUUGAUGUAUAUAUAUUUCCUGUGCCUUAUGACCAACAAUAUACUUACCUUAGAGGAUAUUUGGCAUCAGAUAUAGGAUUGUAAAGUCUCUGUAUUUGAUGAUGUCCACCGUUUUCUUUUAAUAAACAAUUUCUUCUGUACCGGUAAA